UGAGAAAGGUGAAGGGAGUCCAUUGGAGUUGAGUUUUGUUGUGUGGUCUUUUCAAUUUUGAUUUGCGGAGGGAGGGAGGUUAAUUUGAACAUAAGCAUUACGAUUACCGACUACCGAGGGACAAGGUCACGCAGAGAUCGUGAAAGCGCCGAGCAGUUUCAGCUUUUGGCUCCCACACUCGCUCGCUCGCUCACUCACUCACUCCUAGAUCCAAGGAAGUGGUGAGUCCUUCGCUCCAUGCGACGGCGGCGUUAGCAUUAUUACUGUUAAUUCGUAAACCUUUCAGGCUUAUCGUAUCAGUCACACACUCUCUGGUUGUGGAAAAUUUUGAGAAGAGCAGGCACAAUUUAAUGUAUCUCUCUACGUGGGUUACUUGUUUGAAUCAUGCUGUGUGAACUCUGAAGCAAUCUCUUCUGCUACUGCAACUGCAACCAACCGCCCUUUACCUAACAAGAACAAGAAUAAAAAAGAAGGUUAGGUUAGGUUCGGUUGGUCUUUGUUUCAUUUCAGUUUCACUCUCUCCAUUUUGAUCUGCCGUGACCGACAUUUAUUUUGUGGGGGCCUGGAGCAGCUUGGGUAGCGAAGAUCUGGGUAUCUUUGUGGACCAAAUUAGAUCUCGGGACUCGAAUGUCUCUAAUCGAGAGCUGCUGUUCCUGUCACUACUGCAAUUGCUAGGGUUUUUUAUUCAUACCGAUGACUACCAAACGCGCCUACAAGCUUCAGGAAUUUGUAGCACAUGCUUCUUCCGUCAACUGCCUCAAGAUUGGACGUAAAUCAUCCAGGGUUCUUGUCACUGGAGGUGAAGACCACAAGGUCAAUCUUUGGGCUAUUGGCAAACCUAAUGCCAUACUGAGUUUGUCAGGACAUUCAAGUGGAAUAGACUCCGUAAGCUUUGAUUCCUCUGAAGUCUUGGUAGCUGCUGGUGCUGCAAGUGGCACUAUCAAACUUUGGGACUUAGAAGAGGCAAAGAUUGUUCGUACUCUUACUGGUCAUAGGUCCAAUUGUACAUCAGUGGACUUCCAUCCUUUUGGAGAGUUCUUUGCAUCUGGUUCUUUAGACACCAAUCUUAAGAUAUGGGACAUCAGAAAGAAGGGUUGUAUCCAUACAUACAAAGGUCACACUCGAGGGGUAAAUGCAAUCAGGUUUACCCCAGAUGGACGCUGGGUUGUUUCAGGUGGAGAGGACAAUACUGUAAAGUUAUGGGAUCUGACUGCAGGGAAGCUCUUGCAUGACUUUAAAUGUCACGAAGGCCAGAUCCAGUGUAUAGAUUUUCAUCCCAAUGAGUUUCUACUAGCAACAGGUUCGGCAGAUAGAACAGUUAAAUUCUGGGACCUUGAAACCUUUGAGCUUAUUGGUUCAGCUGGUCCUGAGACAUCUGGAGUGCGUUCUCUUACUUUUAGUCCUGAUGGGAGGACCUUGCUUUGUGGUUUACACGAGAGUUUAAAGGUUUUCUCGUGGGAACCUAUAAGAUGCCAUGAUAUGGUGGAUGUGGGUUGGUCUAAAUUGUCAGAUCUUAAUGUUCAUGAAGGAAAACUUCUUGGCUGCUCAUACAAUCAAAGCUGUGUUGGAGUCUGGGUAGUGGACAUCUCGCGUAUAGAACCAUAUGCACUUAAUAGUGUGAACCAUCUAAAUGGUCAAUCAGAAACUAAAUCCUCAGGAGGAAAUAUGACUGUUCUAAAUGAGAUCAGUGCUAAGGCUAGGCUAUCUGUUUCACAAAAUCCAGAUCAAUUACUAAAGGAAACGAGAUCUCUUGGGCGGUUGUCAGUUUCUUCUCAAGAUUCAGACCCCUUAAAGGAGGGAAAAUGUUUGCCAUCCUCAGGAAGUGCACCAACUACUCCUCAAAGGAUUAAUUUGAACUCCGGUCCCAAAACAGUACCUGGUGGUUCAACCACAGUGGUUAAUACAACAGCUCAGAAAAGGAGUUCUUUGAAAUCUCACACAACAUCCAAUGUUCCAAUUGUUAAUAAAUCAGAUAUUAUACCUGUAAUUGUCCCCAGAACUAGUGCAAGGUCAUCAGAGCCUGCAGCUGAUUCUAGAAAAGAAGUUGGAGUUGCUGGAAGAACAAUGCCAUUCCCCUUACAGUCAAAGGCAGCAGAUAUGCGUAAAUUUUCAAAUAAUAGAGAUGAUGUGGAUAAGCCCCUCCCUUCUCUGACUGAAACUGCAGCAUCUAAGAGCAGUGAAUUAAGUGGUUUUGCAGAAAAAAAUAAUUUCCCCGCUUCUGUAAGCUCUACGCAAGGUAUUUCUACAUGUUUUAAAGAUUUAAAUUAUGCUAGGUGUCUUGAGACUGGCAAAUAUGAAUAAAUUCAUUGAGCUCUGUGCUAGUAAUCAGCACAAAGUUUUACAUAUCCUGUAUUCACACAACUUGUUUUCCUUUGAUAUUUAUGCAAUAUGUUUUCUAGUCAUAAUCUGUUUAACUGUAAUUUGUACUGUUAAUGUUAUUGCACUUGUCUAAGUUUUGGUCAAAUGGUUGUGAACCAUAUUAUUGGAACCUCAUUAUCAUCACACCAUAUAAUCUAAUACAUGUUACUAGGAGUUUGUUUACUCUCUUUUACUCCUUCCAUAUCUAAAUCUUAUGAUUUCAACAGAGUUAUGGAUAAAUUUUUAUCAAUUAGUGUAGCUGUGAGCUUGUGCUUUAUUGACAUGUAACAAACUUUUGACGUGUCUGAUGAAGGCCAUUUUUAAGUACAUAGUAACUCAAGCUUUUAAGUGAUUUUUUUGACAAAUAUUUCUUGUUUCUCUUGAUAUUAUCUUAUCUGAUUAUAUGUCAUGAUCCUAAGCCUCAAAGCCCUGAUGUUGCUCACAAUAAUAAAGUAAUACAAGUGUGAUAUGGAAAUUAGUUUUGGAGAAGAUAAACAUAGAUUGAUUUAUAUGCCUCACCAGUGAACAAAAGAAACUUUGUAUAUUGGUCAGAUCUGGGCUAUGGCUGUGUGGCAAAA